AUGAUCGAGGUUCUGUGUAACAUCCACCUGGGCAAGAAGGUCCGUGUGAAGUGCAGCACUGAUGACUCAGAAGAAGACCUGAAGAAACUGAUUGUGGCUCAGGCAGAUACCUGUUGGAACAAGAUUGUUCUGAAGAAAAGGUACACAAUCUUCAAGGACCAUGUGACCUUGGGGGACUAUGAAAUCCAUGAUGGAAAGAACCUGGAGCUUUAUUACCCCAUCCCCAAAUCUGUACCUCUCUUCUCUUUUUAA